AUGGCAGGCAACGCGCGGUCCGGGGCCGGUUCUCCGUCGCACGACAUGGCUGGAUCUAGCCGGCUCUUCUCCAAAAGAGCACGCGAAAUUCAAGCGCAAGAAGGGAUCCCCGGCCUGCCGCUCAAUCCAUGGGGUGGUCCUCCUACCAGCGGAAAUUCAACUCCUCUUCGCGAGAACAUCCCCGAAUCUCCGACAGAUGGCUUUCCUGACUUUGGCCACCUGCCGACCCCCGAGAGUCUGCCUCACACGGGCAGAGCUCGGGCUGGCACCGUUCCCUCCCGACUGCCUGGGGGUCCGGUAAAUGGCCUAUUGAACAUUCCUGGACUGGCUGCCAAGUCUGCUCGUGUCACGCCUUCACAGAGUCCAUUUGGCAAGUCACCGUCUCCAAAUCUCGACCACCCAGAUAACACGACUGGUGGCUCGGCUCUUCUCUCUAGACUUCGAGCAGGGUCUAUGCCACAGCGUAGCCCUUUCAGCACACUCCCUGGUACGAGCUCACCCUUUGGCCCGUCCAUCUUUAGCAGCUGGAAUCCUGCUGGCGUCGGUCGCGAGCGAGGCUCAACUCUGGCAAGCAUCGCCAGUGUCGGUUCCAACGGGCCCAGCUCCCCAUCGCAAUCUCAAUUCUCCAAAGAGGGAGGCGGUGACUCCGAUGUGCACAUGCGCACUCUAGACUAUCUCGGCCUCGCUGAAACCCCUCAACCUCCACGAGCACAGCUAGCGACGCCCUACAUGGCCAAUUUGGAUUUUACGAGACAGUCGAACCGCUUCCGGUCAUACUCGGUCAACAAUAAGGACAAAUACGCCGACGACGAAGAUGACUACGACGUUGAUGGUAUGCCCAUGGAGAGCCAAUAUGUGGCUCUUCAGGAUCAAUUAGCCGCCACCAAUGCGGCAAUUCACAACCACAACUUGGCUGUUCAGGCGUUCGUCAACCAGGCCACAGCCACUCGUCCCCGUGCUCGAACUGCUGGCGUUUUGGAGGCCCCAGGAAACCGUCUGUCUCGAACGCACAUCCCCAGCAAUGUCGGAAUCCCAACUUCAGUCCCACCAGCCGAAAUUCGCCUGCAAGAUGGAAAAGAUUAUGACGACCUUCCUCAGGCAAUUGCCGGCAUGAGUCUCGGCAGGUCCAACAGCCGCAACGCCGGACUUCUAAAUGCCGAAGAGCAAGGGUUGGAAGGUCCUACAAGUGCCCUUUGGCUCGGUGGCAUUCCAACAUCGACCACCACUUCGACGCUCAUCGAGAUGUUCAAAUGUCACGGCCCCAUCUUGUCGGCUCGUGUCCUCACACAUAAGAACUGUGGAUUUGUAAACUUCGAGAGGAUCGAAAGCUCGGUGGCCGCGAAGGCUUCCAUGAAUGGCAAGGAAAUUUUUCCGGGUGCCGGCCCAAUUCGAAUCAAUUUUGCCAAGCCCCCUUCAGCAUCCAAUACGCCAGGCCAUGACGGCGUAUUCCCUUCUCCCAGCCCUGACCCUUUCAGCCAGGGUCAGGACCAAACCGGCGGAUCUGGAGUUGCAGGCGCUGGGGAUGGUACACUGACUGCCAACGGACGAAGCUCCACCCCAACAGUGCCACCGAUGGCUGAUUUGGUGGAGGAUAUGAUGGACAUUGUCACGCAGUUUGGAGCUACAGAUGAGGACAAGGCGGCCAUUUCGCAGUAUCUUCAGUCAGCGGUACAAUAUGGAGGCUACGUGGACGAGAUCCCUCCUAUUCGCGAAACCACCCACACAAGGGUCCACGACGCUCCAAAGCUCAGGGACAUCCGAAAGCGCAUUGACAAUCAGCUCCUGUCGAAGCCUGAGAUUGAGAACAUUGCCAUCGACAUGCUCCCCGAGAUUGCGGAGCUCUCCUCUGACUAUCUCGGCAACACUGUCGUUCAGAAACUGUUUGAGCACUGCUCCGAUCAGGUUCGCGACGCCAUGCUGGCAGAAAUUGCUCCCCAUUUGGCCGAAAUUGGGGUCCACAAGAACGGUACUUGGGCAGCACAAAAGAUCAUUGGUGUCUGCAAGACUCAUGAGCAGAAGUUGACAAUUGUUGAGCACAUCAGGCCAUACACUGUCCCUCUGUUCCUCGACCAGUACGGCAAUUAUGUGCUUCAGGGGUGUCUGAAUUGGGGCCCUCCGUACAACGACUUCUUUUUCGAAGGUGUAGUCAGCCGUAUGUGGGAAAUCGCCCAGGGUCGCUGCAGCGCCAGAGCUGUCAGAGGCUGCCUGGAAUCCAAACUUGGCACUAGAGCUCAAGACAUGGUCGUCUCUGCUGCCACUGCUAUUCACAGCGCCCAGCUGGCAACCAACCCCAACAGUGCCCUCCUGCUGACUUUCUUCCUGGACUCGUGUGCAUUCCCAAACAAGCGUACAGUCCUGGCUCCGCGCCUUGUUCCUCACCUAGUUUACCUCUGCACUCACAAGGUGGCUUAUGUCACUGUCUUGAAGAUCAUCAACCAGAAAGCCGAACCAGAAGCCCGAGACAUCAUACUCAAGGCACUCUUCUUCUCGCCGAACGACCAGAUUUUGGAGACCAUUCUUCUCGACCCCAACUGCGGUGCCACACUGAUCUUCAAGGUCCUGACAACGCCUUUCUUCGAUGAGACUAUUCGAACUCAGGUUAUUGAGAACAUCAAGUCUGUCCUCGUCAAGAUCAAGGCCCAGCCUAACCAGGGAUACAAGCGAUUGAUGGACGAGGUCGGUUUAUCUACCAGAACUGCUCCCACUCGCGAGAAUAGUGGCACGUCUGAGGGCCGACAAAGACCAACAUCCCGACAAGCGAACAAUAGAGCCAUGAACGGUCAGCAUGGCCAGAGUGCUCCACCCAGCAACCCAGCAUUUUACAACCCUAUGAACGCGCAACCAAAUGCUGCCAGCUUAGAACCAGGAUAUGGCAACCAACGAAACGACAACCCUGAUCCCAACAUUACCGCCUUCCAGCAGUACGGGCAGGGCAUGGUGUACGGCACCCCAGCCGGCCCUAUGCCACCGGCCGUGAGCUUGCCUCAGCUCCAGUACCCCCAGACUAUCAUGAACAGGCCAGCGCCACAAAUGGGAUACAACUACCCUGCCAUGCAGACACCUUACGCAGCAUAUGGCGCGCCUCCAGCUCCGGGCAUGGAUCAAUAUCGUCAGCCGGGCAUCGCCAACGGAAGUCCAAUUCAGCCUCCGGCCUCCCAGAUGCCGCCUCAAAUGCCAACUGGCCAGUCACCUUAUGCCCCUCCCGGCUUUGGAGUUGGGGUGGGUGGAUAUGGCUAUGGAAACAUGGGCGGCAUGCAAAGCAUGGGUUACAUGCAGCAGCAGGAGCAGAGUAACAACAGACGAGGUGGUGGUCGCAGAUGA